GGGCGCAGAUGUGCUCUGAAAGAACGAAGAGGAAAGGAAAAUGGGCUUUCUGCUGCCGAUCCUUCUGGCUCUGUUAGCCUCUGUCUUGGGGGGACUCUACCUCCUGGGAGCCUUCAGGUGGUGUCGACCAGGGGAACCCCCCCUGGACCGGGGCCCCAUCCCCUGGCUGGGCCAUGUCCUUGAGUUCCGCAGGGACACAGCAAAGUUCCUGGAGAGGAUGAAGAGGAAGCAUGGGGAUAUUUUCACCGUGCAGCUGGGAGGAUUUUACUUCACAUUCCUUAUGGACCCUCGGUCCUUCGGGACGAUUGUGAAGGAGGCCCGCACCAAACUGGACUUCAGCAAGUUUGCACAAAAGCUGGUUCAGAAAGUGUUUGGUUACCACUCCGACCACAGGUUUCCUCAGAUGUCCAGCAACAAGCACCUGAUGGGGGACGGUUUAGUGGUCAUGACACAGGCUAUGAUGAGCCACCUACAGAAUCUGAUGCUGCACAAUGUAGGGACAGAGGAUAAUAACCAUAUGACCUGGAAUGAGGACGGUCUGUUCAAGUACAGCUACAACAUUGUCUUCAGGGCAGGUUACCUGGCUCUGUUCGGUAAUGAGACACCAAAACCCACAGAGAGCAUAGAGAAAGCCAGAGAGGUCGACAGAGUGGAGUCCCAGGAGCUCUUCCUUGAGUUCCGUAAGUAUGACCAGCUCUUCCCCAAUCUGGCCUAUGGGGUCCUGCCUCCAUGGGAGAAGAGAGAGGCGGAGAGGCUGAAGAGGCUGUUCUGGAACAUGCUGUCAGUGCAGAAGGUGAAGACCAAGGAGAACAUCAGUGUCUGGGUGCGCGAGCAGCAGCAGGAUAGGGAGGAGCACGGUAUGGAAGACUUCAUGCAGGACAGGUACAUGUUUCUUCUCCUUUGGGCCUCACAGGGCAACACAGGCCCUGCUGCCUUCUGGCUGCUCCUCUACCUCAUGAAGCACCCAGACGCAAUGGGGGCCGUGAAGAAAGAGGUGGAGGAGGUGCUGAAGGAGACAGGCCAGGAGGGGAAGCACGAAGGUCCCUUUAUCGAUCUAACCCGGGACAUGCUGCAAAAGACGCCAAUCCUGGACAGCGCCGUGGAGGAGACCCUCCGCCUCACCACCGCCCCCGUCCUCACCAGGGCCGUGCUCCAGGACAUGUCCCUCAAGAUGGCCGACGGAAGCGAGUACCGCAUCAGAGAAGGAGACAGAGUAGCCCUGUUUCCUUACACUGCCGUCCAGAUGGACCCGGAGGUCCACCCGGACCCACUCACCUACAAGUAUGACCGCUUCCUGACUGCAGAUGGGGGUAAAAAGACUGACUUUUACAAAGGUGGGAAAAAAAUUAAAUACUACAACAUGCCGUGGGGUGCUGGGAUCACUAUGUGCCCAGGACGCUUCUUUGCCACCAACGAGUUGAAGCAGUUUGUCUUCCUCAUGCUCACAUACUUUGAUUUUGAGCUCAAGAACCCAGAUGAAAAGAUACCUGAUAUUGACACCAAGCGCUGGGGCUUUGGGUCCAUGCAUCCAACCAGAGACAUCCAGUUUAGAUACAGACUUAGGUUUUAAAACUGAGUGACUGACAAACCAGCCUUUGAGAGUAAACUUCCAUCUCACGAGCUGUUAAUCUAAUUUUGAUUAUUAUAAACUAUCUUGUGCCUAAACAAAAAUUUGUCUAGAGUACAUAGUACAGCAACAAGUGGUACAGUAUUAAAAUAACUGCAUAUAAUUGUUUUGUUUAUUCAGAGAGGAAAAAUGAUCUUCUUUUUCUGUCUUUGAAAAUGUCUGGAAUGUUUAUGCUUAGACUCAGCUGGAAAUAUUACAUUUUGAAUUUGAAAUCAGGUACUAUAUAAUAUUUUUGAGUGAUGAGUCAUGAGGAAAUGGUUUGCAGAUAGUAUUAGAAACAUGUAGGAGACGUGUAGGAGACGUAUUCUACAAGAAACAAUAUCACUCCCUACAAACACAAUCCUUGGUAGCUUUUCUGAAUUCACAGAUAAAUUGGUCCGCAUGGAAAAUUUCAGGCAUUGAAACCGUAAAUGACUUGAUAAUUGGAAAUACAUUUAUUUCCAUGACUACAUUAAAAAGCAAUUUUAGAUUGACCAAGUUAGAUAUUUUCAAAUACAUCACAAAAUGUAUAUUUCAAAUAUUUUGGGCAUCAGAGUAAUCUUGAGGGAAUCCUAUUUGAGUCAGAAAAGGAUAUUCAUAUUAUAGGUAAGCUAUAUAAAACCUUGCAGAGAGCCUAUCCAACUGACAAUCUCUGAGAAAAAAAUCUAAACUAUUGGAUCCAAGACUUAAAAGGAACUGAUAUUGGCACAAGAUGGAGGGAAUGUUGGAACAUAGCUAAUGAAAUUACAGUUAAUGAAAAUGUACGCUUUAUUCAGUAUAAACUAAAGUAUAGAAUGCAUUAUACAGGAGACAAAAUUCACGAAUUCUACAGCACAAUGGCAGAAUCAUGUCUUAAUUAUAAAACUAACAAUGACUCAAUGAUCCAUGCUUUCUGGGAAUGUUAUAACGUCCAAAAGUUAUAGGAAGUAUUACAAUGUACAUUUACUUUAAAUCUGUCUGUCCGCGUAUUUAAAGACAUGGCAUAUGAGAGUGCAGUGAGAUACCCAGUGAUGUAAAGUACUUAAAUACAAAUAUUCUAAAGUACUACUGACAACCAAAAGUACUUGUUACAUUUUGAAUGCUUAGCAGGACAGGAAAAUAGUCCAAUUCACACACAUGAAAAUGGUCCAACAUCCCUGGUCCUUCCUAUUGCCUCUGAUCGGGCACAUUCACUAAACACACAUGCUUCAUGUGUGAUGUCUGAGUGUUGGAGUGUUCUCCUGGCUAUCUGUGAAUAAAAAAACAAGAAAAUGGUGCCAUCUGGUUGGCUUAAUAUAAGGAAUUUGAAAUACAGUAUUUUAUAUUUUUACUUUUGAUACUUAAGUAUAUUUGAGCAAUUACAUUUACUUUUGAUACUUAAGUAUAUUUAAAACAAAAUACUUUUAGACUUUUACUCAAGCAGUAUUUGUUCCUGGGUAACUUUCACUUUUACUUGAGUCAUUUUCUAUUAAGGUAUCUUUACUUUUACUGAAGUGUGACAAUUGGGUACUUUUUCCACCCCUAGAGAUACCCAAUGCAUUGGACAAUACUUUUCUUGUCAAUCUUCUUGAAAAAAUAUAUACUUAACUGGAAAUCAACCAACCUUCCAUCCUUAACACAAUGGAAAUGUCAAAUGCUUUCUUAUCUAAAUGUUGAAAGUGUGUGGGCAAUGGAGAGAAACAAAAUGGUGCAGUUGGAGGCCAUGUUGCCGGAGAGUGAUGCUGGGGGGUGAGCUUGUGUGUCAGGGCAGGUGUGAUGCGGUUGAUAAAAUCUUACAACAACAAAAAAAGAAACACACAGAUGUUCAAAACCAAUUCCAUGUAGGAGAUGAAUUUACAUGUAUUUAAAGCUACUGUGUGUACUGUAUUCUUGCUUUUAUGAUCUUUUUAGUCUGGUUCACUCAUAUUUUGACCCUCAAGGACAGCCUAUGAUUGUGCCAAAAAUGUGUACUAUAAUAAUCAUUGCUGUUUUUAUAACAUUGUAAUGUCAAGCAUUGAAUCUUUGUGUUUUUCCUCCUGUCAAAUGUAAUAAAAUUUCCUUAUAAAG